AUGGGGCUCCACCGUUAUUUCGGCUUGUCGAUUUUACUCCUAGUCGUCACAGCAUCCUUCGCGAUCACGACGGCACGCCCUGUGAAGGACGGGAAGAACAAGGGCGGGAAAGGGGGGCCCCCCGACGCGGGCCCGUGCCCGCUGCCCAAGCCGAAAGACGCUGAGGCUCUCGGGAAUCUGACGGCGAUUCUCGCCGCGCGGCUGAACGGAUCCGAAGUGGUUGGGGCGACGGGCGACGUCAACGCCACCGGGCGAGUCUGCCUCGCCGUCUUCGAGCUAGACGGCGACUACAACGUCUUCUACAGUGUCGUCACCUCCACCUCCGACGACGCCGAGCCGUUCGCCGCUUCGAUCUAUCAAGGCGCGGCGGGAGAGGCAGGAACCGCCGUUCAUAAUACUGUCGCGGCAGGGGAAACUGCCACGUGGGCAAAUCUUACUCGUCCGCCGCCUCCCCCGCCCAAGGGCAAGAAGAACAAGGGCACUCCGCCCGCCCCACCUCCUCCGAAGUACACUUAUGCCACUAACGGGACGUGGCUCAAAGCGAGUACGCUGUCCACGAUCGGCGGGCAGAUACUGAAGGAGCUGGUGGAUUCCAUAAUCUCGACGCCGGACGGGUACUACGCGACAUUCGCGACCACUGAUUAUGAGUCGGGUGCGGCGCGGGGGCAGUUUCAGUCGGACCCGCUUCCGCCGCCGCCUAAGGGCAAGAAGGGCGGGAAGGAUGGCGGGAAGAAGGGCGGGAAGGACGGCGGGAAGAAGGGCGGGAAGGAUGGUGAGAAGAAUGGAGGCGGCAAGAAUGGAGGCGAUUCGUUCGGCGCUCCUAUCGCUGUGUUGGAAGCGCGAGUCAACGGCUCCGAUGCUGACCUCAGCGGUGACGUCAACGCCACAGGCUGCAUUUCUUUCGCCGUCUUCCGAAGCCCCACAACCAGCGACUACAACAUUAAGUGCCACGUCAGCGUGGCUCUAACCGACUCUGGCGAGCCCACCAACUUUGUGAUCAAGAAAGGCGCUGACGUGUCACUCACCAUGGACACCAGCAGCGCCACGUGGACCAAUCGCACGCUCUCCGAGUUCAAACGCGCCAAGUUGGGCAAACAGCCACCUCCCCCUCCCCUCGGAUACAGCUACGAAAGUGUCGGCGCUUGGCUAAGCGCCAGUGGUUACAUAGCGGAUAACGGGCAGACGUAUAAAGAGCUUAUGGAUGCCAUGCUAGCUGCUCCUGAUGCCUAUUCUGCUCUCAUCUACACCAAGACGUUCGAGGCCGGUGCGGCGAGCGGCGCUUUCGCAAGUGUCACCAAGGGAGGUGGUGAAGGCCAUUCACACCGCGCGGCUGAACGGAUCCCAAGUGGUUGGGACCACCGGCGACGCCAACGCCACCGGUCGAAUCUGCCUCGCUCUCUUCCUGUAAGCCAACUGUCAGUGAUGCGCCCACCUGCUCCUCUGUGCGCCCACCUGCUCCUCUGUGCCCCCACCUGCUCCUCUGUGCCCCCACCUGCUUCUCUGUGCCCCCACCUGCUUCUCUGUGCCCCCACCUACUUCUUUGUGCCUCCACCUGCUUCUCUGUGCCCCCACCUGCUUCUCUGUGCCCCCACCUGCUUCUCUGUGCCCCCACCUGCUUCUCUGUGCCUCCACCUGCUUCUUUGUGCCCCCACCUGCUUCUCUGUGCCCCCACCUGCUUCUUUGUGCCUCCACCUGCUUCUCUGUGCCUCCACCUGCUUCUCUGUGCCUCCAUCUGCCAAGACGUUUGAGAACGGUGCGGCGAGUGGUGCUUUCUUCUACAUCAACAGGGGUGGUGGUGAUUAG